CCACAGGCGGGAGGAGUUAGUUACCUUCCAACCUCGCCGCGGCCCGGACGCGAGACGCGACUCCCGAAGCAGCAGCGAACAAAACAAUGGAUGUCGUGUUAACCGAACGAACAAUGGACUUGUGAUGACCCAAACGCGGGAGCCGCUUACAAUAAUGGACGGCAAUCUUCAGACGGAAUUCACCACCAAAAACAAAAGAGGGAUCUAUCUAUCGAAAGGUCUUGCACUUGUCGUUCUAGUUAUAUUCGCCCUAGCACUCGUCGCUACUGCAUUCCUAGUAUACAAUUUCGCAGCAUGCCCAAGAACUGAUCAAUUAGCCAAUGUCACCAAAUUUGGUCUCACACAAUGCGACCAAAACAAGUUACUAGUUGUACCGCUUACUACAGAGAGUAGCAAAAAUGUAGCUUUAGAAACAACGACCAAUUCGUUGGAUGUGACUACAGAAAGUGAAUUAAGCACAGUCACCGAUGUAAGAUUACCGACGAACAUAAAACCUAAUCGAUAUUAUUUAAAAUUAGUUCCCUACAUUAUUGAGGGAAACUUUACUUUUGACGGAGAAAUUAGUAUAUUAUUAACCGUAAAAAACAAUACAAACAGGGUUACUUUUCAUGGAGUAGAACUAACUUUUCAUAAAAUUAAUUUGUAUAAACAAGAGGAUGGCAAGGAAGUGAAAAUAGUUAGAAGAACUGAAGAUGUGCCUAGACAAUUUCACAUAAUCGAUACUGAGGAGACACUAGGAGCAGGCCAGCUAUAUGUUUUAAAUAUAACAUACACGGGGGUCCUAAACGACAACUUACAUGGAUUUUAUAGAAGUUCGUACGAAGAAAAUAAGAUCAAAAGAUGGAUAGCUGUAACUCAAUUCCAAGCGACUGACGCCCGCCGCGCGUUUCCGUGCUGGGACGAACCAGCUCUAAAAGCUAAGUUCACAAUAAGCAUCGCCCGACCCAACAACAUGACAUCAGUAUCAAAUAUGAACAUUAUUAAAAGGGAACCGCACGAUACUCUAAAGAAUUAUACUUGGGACCACUAUGCAGAAUCACUACCUAUGUCCACCUAUUUGGUCGCAUUUGUAGUCACGGAUUUCGGAAACAUUACCGACAACAAUUUCGCAGUGUGGGCCAGGAAAGAAGCUUUGUCGUCAGCAAGCUACGCAUUGGAAAUCGGGCCCAAGAUUCUACAAUUUUUGGAAGAUUACUACAAGAUAAAGUUUCCUUUGCCGAAGAUAGAUAUGAUUGCAUUGCCGGACUUCAAGGCUGGGGCGAUGGAGAAUUGGGGGCUACUAACAUUUAGAGAAAUUGCAAUGCUGUACGAGCCUGGAGUGUCUCCUACAACAUCGAAGGCUCGGGUAGCGUCGGUGGUUGCACACGAGAUCGCGCACCAGUGGUUUGGAAACCUCGUCACCCCCGCCUGGUGGUCAGAUAUAUGGCUUAACGAGGGGUUUGCUAGCUACGUCGAGUAUGUUGCAGUUGAUGCGGUGGAAAAAUCAUGGAAGCUAAUGGAAGUGUUUGUGCUGAAUGAGAUACAAAGCGUAUUCAAAUUAGAUGCGCUCACAUCCUCACAUCAGAUUUCUGUGGAAGUUGGAAACCCAGAGGAAAUUGGAGCUAUAUUUGAUAAGAUUUCGUAUGGAAAAGGUUCGGCGAUAUUACGAAUGAUGAAUCAUUUUCUGACCGACGACGUUUUUAACGCUGGGAUUACUGACUACUUGAACGCUAAGAAGUUUGGAGACGCAGAACAAAGGGAUUUGUGGAGUGCUCUCACUAAUGCAGCCAGAGAGAAGGGCUCGUUUGACGCAGAUGUAGCAGUAGUUAUGGACUCAUGGACUCUGCAAACUGGGUUCCCAGUGUUGACGAUAACAAGAAACUACGAAAACAAGGAAAUAUCUUUUAAGCAGGAAAGGUUCGUGCUCAUCAACGAAACGGCUGAGAACCAAACGUCAUCGGUGUGGUGGAUUCCCGUGUCGUACACGACAGCUGCGGAGAAAGACUUCGAAUCCACACACCCGAGACUGUGGCUGCGAGGGGAGCGGUCCAUUGUUGUCUCAAACAUCACAGCAGGGGUCAAUGACUGGUUCAUAGCGAAUAUACAACAAACAGGUUUCUAUCGCAUAAAUUACGACGAGAGAAAUUGGAAGAUGCUCAUUAAUGUAUUGAACGACAAACAUCGAUUUGAAGAGAUACAUCCUAUUAAUCGAGCUCAAAUUAUCGACGACGCUAUGAACUUGGCUCUGGCUGGCCGGUUGGACUACCGAACUGCUUUAGACAUAACCAGCUAUCUGUCACACGAGAAGAGCUAUGUGCCUUGGAAAGCUGGUCUGGUUGCUUUAGGAUACAUCGAUACCAUGUUGUCUAAAGGAGCUUACUAUCUUGAAUAUAAGAAAUACGUUUUAAGCCUACUGAGUGACGCGGUAGAAGAGUUGGGAUGGGAAGUAGCCAACAAUGAGAGUGUCGUGAGAGCGCAGCAGAGAGUCGACCUGCUGUCUACAGCGUGCCACCUGCAGCACCUGGACUGUCUACAGCAUGCCGUCAGGAUGUACACCAACUGGAUGCUCACGCCGAACCCUGAUGCUUAUAACGAGAUUCACGCAGACUUACGCAGCACAGUAUACUGCGUGGGGGUACAGGCAGGUGGCGCGCGGGAGUGGCAGUUCGCCUGGGAGAGGUUCCAGGUGGCCAGCGCGCCGUCAGAACGGGAGCUACUGCUGUCUGUGCUCGGAUGUACUCGAGCACCACAUUUACUUUAUAGGUAUUUGGACUUAUCCCUGCGUAACGAUAGCGGAAUACGGAAGCAAGACACAGUGAGGGUGUUCUCUGCAGUGGCGAGCUCAUCUAUCGGUGAACCCAUAGCUUUCAACUUCGUCAGAGCUAAUUGGCAAAGACUAAAAGAAUAUGUGGGAUCUGUGUCGACCCUAAAUUCUAUCGUCAAAGUUGUUACAAGAAGAAUUAACCAAGCUCAUGAAUUUGAAGAGCUCAAGAGGUUCAUCACGGAGUCCUGCAGUGAUCUCGGACGACCAGUUCAGCAAGUUCUAGAACGAUCCGCCGCCAACGUGCAGUGGAUGGAGAGGAACUACGACACCAUCGUUACCUGGCUGCUCACUGCUGACACAACAGACAAGCGGGACGCGUAAUCGAUACUAUUUUCUUUUAUAAAUUUCAUAAUGUAAUUAAUACUUUAUCGAUGUAAAAAUAGGAUAAUUGGUUAUAGUUAAAUUAUAUCGCCCUGUUGGGGUUAUUUAAAUAUUUCUAAUCUCGUUUAACUGUAAUGAAGUUAUCUAAAAUAAUAAAAUGUACAUUAAAACAACUAAAUGUUUGA